AUGAUGGCACCAACAAACCUCCCUACCACAGGGGCCAUCACCCCACCGGGAGACUCAUUGGAGAAAGCAUUGAUCUCGUUCAACAAAGAACUCCCCACUCCAUCUCCCACGACUGAGAAGGAAAAUGGAAUAGAUGGAGUUUGGCAACAAGUGGCGGAUCAAUGCCAUUGCUCCCUGGACGACAUUGAAGAUGUAUAUGCCUGCACCGCUCUCCAGGAAGCAAUGAUAGCCCUCACUUUCAAAGACCCGAGAGCAUACACCAUUGAACACGAAUACCGUCUGCCACGAGAGGUCGACCACCAUAAGCUGCAGGAGGCCUGGAAUACGACCGCCCAGGCCAAUCCGAUAUUGAGGACUCGUAUGAUUCCAACCAGUCAGCUCGGGUGUGUGCAGGCAGUGGUGCAAGGGUUGAUUCCAUGGCAGGUGCAGGAGACCGACGACGGCAUAAAUGGAGAGAUCGCCAGCCCUUCCUGGAGAGCAGGGGCUCCGUUGGCGUAUUUCGUCUUCAAUGUCACCGAACAUAAACUGAAGAUCAUAAUACAUCAUUCCAUCUGCGAUCACUGGUCUGUGGCAUUGUUGUUGCGCCAGGCAGAUGCCGCCUACAAAGGCGAAGAACUGUCUUUCCACCCCUUUCGGCCUCUAGUGGAUCAUGUACAGCGCACACAAGACAAAGCCAAUGAGUUCUGGGGAUCCAUGUUCCGUGAUGCACACGAGGCCACGAUGAUCGCAUUCCCUCAACUACCCACAGUGGGCCAUUCUGCCAGACCAACCGAGCGGCUGGAGAGGUCCUUCAACAUCCAAGAUGGGAAAAGUUCCUCAAGUACUGUGGGAACCAAGAUUCGGUUGGCCUGGGCAAUCCUACAAUCAGUAUAUACUGGCUCUGACGACACAUUAUUUGGAGCAGUAAAUGCGGGUCGUGCUGUCUCUGUUGCGGGAGUGCAGGACUUGAGCGGGCCUGCAAUCGCUAGCGUACCGGUUCGCAUCAAGCUAUGCGCACAGAAUACCGUUGCAGAUGCCUUGACUGCCGUACAGGAUGAAUGGGCAGCAUCUAUGGAGUUCGAACAUGUCGGAUUGCAAAAUCUGCUUCGUCUUGGGGCAGGUCCAGCAGCAGCGUGUCAUUUCCAAACCCUACUCUCGGUCGAGCCUCGAGAUGGCCAUCAGCUUCCCGAUAUAUUCUCCCAGAGCCGGUCAACCCAAGCGACGUAUGAUAUGUAUCCUUUGAUCUUACGAUGUCGUCCCUCGACCGCGACAAUGUGGAUUGAGGCUUCCUUUGAUCCGGCAGUAACUGAGCCCUAUCAAAUGGAGCGAAUACUCUCCCAGUUCAUUUAUAUCUACGAGCAGAUCGACACUAAGCCGGGCCUCGCACUUUCCGAUGUCUGUGUCGUUAGUCCCGAAGAUUUGAGCGAUCUUUGCCGCCAGAACAUUUUGACAAAGAGCCCUGAUCCUAUGCCGUGUGUUCACUCUCUGAUUGAGAGCCGCACGCGGCAGCAGCCUCUUUCCCAGGCCAUCAGUAGCUGGGAUGGCAACUAUUCAUAUCUAGCCCUCGAUGAGUUGGCUUCAGCAUUGGCGAAUCAUCUUUCAUGGCAUGGUGUUGGCCCUGGGUCAUUUGUACCUCUUCUCUUAGGAAAAACUAAGUGGAUGGCUGUCUCCAUGCUUGCUGUGAUGAAAUCCGGUGCUGCCUUUGUGUUGCUAGAGCCAUCACAUCCACAGUCCCGACUACGGAAUAUGUGUGAAGCCGUGGCAGCUCCCCUGGUAUUGACUUCCGACUCGCAUAUUGAUGUGGCAGCCCGGCUUGGAGUCCAAGCGUUGUUCAACGUGGAUACUUUUGAUUCGAAGCAGCUGCACCGCAGUCACCCAUCUCGGAAGCCCUCGGUCGGCCCACAAGAUUCCGUUUAUUUAACAUUUACCUCUGGAUCCACGGGAACCCCCAAAGGUGUAAUUGUUCACCACGAAGGCUUUGCUUCAAGUUCUGUAGCUCAUGGCAACCCAUACCACUUCACACCAAAGUCGCGUGUGCUACAAUUUGCCUCCCCGGCAUUUGAUUCUUGCAUCAUCGAACAUCUCAGUACGCUGAUCCAGGGGGGUUGUGUUUGCAUUCCGUCAACGGACGACUGUCAGAGCCAUCUUGUGGAAUCCAUGAACCGCUUUGAGGUGGACGUUGCAUGCCUUACGCCCAGUGUCACCCGGAUCAUUUGCCCCGACAGUGUUCAGUCCUUGAAGGUGUUGAUGUUUGUCGGAGAAGCAGUUCUGACUAGCGACGUCCUUCGCUGGGAGCCUUACGUACACGUUGGAAAUGCGUACGGUCCAGCGGAGUGCUCUGCAGUGUUCAGUGUACAACCAAAUCUAAAGAGCAACGAUCCAGCGAACAUAGGAUUUAGCACUGGGGGAUCUGGAUGGGUUGUUCAUCCUGAUGAUCACCGGGUGCUCAUGCCACUGGGAUGUACUGGAGAAUUAUUAAUAGAAGGACCAAUUGUUGGAAAGGGUUAUCUAUCGAAUCCCGAGCAGACGAGUCGGGUCUUCGUUGAAGCACCACCCUGGCGCCUGCAAUUCGGCUCCGUUCCAUCCAGAACAUUAUACAAAAGCGGAGAUUUGGUGCAAGCCACCGGGGAUGGUAGUUUCCGAUACUUCGGACGCAAGGAUACUCAGGUCAAGCUACACGGACAGCGUUUAGAACUGGCGGACAUUGAGUACCAUCUUCACAACGCGUUUCCGAAAUCCCGCCAAACUCUUGCAGAGGUUCUCCGAUCAUCCGGUCCUAACAAUAUCAAUGAUCGUCGACCAGAGGCUUUGCUGGUGGCGUUUAUAUGUCUCCCUGCAUCUCCUCCGGAUGACGACGGCAGUCAUCAAACCGAGUUUCUUCCUCCAAACGACGAGUUUCGUGAGGCUUGUGCUGCAGCAGAGGCCAGCAUGUCGGAUGUCUUACCAUCCUUUAUGGUUCCACGCUUUUUCCUACCCCUGUCCCAUAUACCUCUGACGCCAUCUGGGAAGACCAAUCGACGUUACAUCCAGGAGCAGGCAAAUAAGCUGUCGUUGGAACAGAUGCAAGCUUAUCGAGCUGUGAAGAUGCAACCGGAGGCGCCAUCAAGUUCUCGCGAGGAAAAACUUCAACAAAUCUGGGCCCAGACACUAAAUCGAACUGUUGAAGAAAUCGGCACUACGGAAAGCUUCUUCCGUCUGGGAGGUGAUUCAGUCAGCGCGAUGCAAGUCGCUGCAGCCUGUCGCACCGUCGGACUCAAAGUAGCUGUUGCUGAUAUAUUCCGGUUUCCAAGCAUCAGACAACUGGCAGAAAGGAUCCAAGAUUCCGGAUCCGUGUCUUUCGCUUCGACUGGGGAGGACGAUCAAACGGACGUGUGGUUUGAACUUUCCCCCAUACAAAAGCUCUUCUUUGAGCGAGUGCCCAAUGGUCACAACAAGUUCACUCUCGAGUUCAUUCUCCGGCUCAGCAAACCCCUUCCACCUCCUGAGAUUAAACGAGCGAUUGAGAAGAUUGUCACCGCUCAUUCAAUGCUCCGCGCCCGAUUUGAACAACGGGCAGAUGGUCAAUGGGGACAGAUUAUUGGCCGUGACGUGUCCAGAAGCCUUCGGUUUAGAGAACAUCGGGUGCCCUCUAUGGACGACCGUAAAGCCUUGCAGAACAUUUUGUCCAUCAGCCAGAGCACGCUUGAUAUCGUCCAGGGAGUGAUGAUUGUCGUUGAUGUUAUCACCACAGACACAGGGGAGCAGUUCAUGGGGUUGAUGGCCCAUCACCUUGUCAUUGACCUAGUCUCAUGGCGUGUCCUUCUGCAAGACCUGGAAGAUAUCCUCAACACUGGCCGUACAAUCCAACCUCUCUCCAGAUCAUUCCAACAAUGGUGUCGGCUGCAACAGAGUUACGCCAGAGAGUCUCUUGAUCCCAGUGAAACGCUGAAGACAGAGAUCCCACAUCCCUCAAUGGACUACUGGGGCCCAGAGGCUAUUCUGAGUGAAAAUACCUGGGCGGAUGCAACGCGACAAACCAUCACAGUGUCCAAGGAAACAACGGAGGCAAUAAUUGGUGCUGCAAAUGGCGCAUUCCACACCCAGCCAGUCGAAAUUAUCCAGGCAGCUGUACUUUACGCUUUUGUCCAGGCAUUUGACAAUCGGCCUGCACCCACGAUGUUCAGCGAAGGGCAUGGGAGAGAGCCUUGGGACGCAGACAUCGAUAUAUCCCGCACAGUUGGAUGGUUCACCACUAUUGCACCUUUGUUCUUAGAUGUUAAGAAGGAGGACAAUGUCAGGAGGAUCUUGCAGAUGACGAAAGACGGUCGUCGCAGCAUAUCCACGAACGGAUGGGCAUAUUUUGCGUCGCGAUUCCUCCACCCCGAAGGACCGGAAGAGUUCCGGAGUCAUUCCCCAAUGGAGAUUCUGUUCAAUUACACCGGUCUUUUCCAACAAUUUGAACGACCAGGUGCCCUGCUUCAGAUGACAUCAGUUCAAGAUGAUUCCCUUCUCCCCAUGGCAGCUGAUUUACCGCGCAUGGCUCUCAUCGAUGUGAACGCAACCGUCAUGAACGGAUCUCUCGCCUUGUCCUUCAUCUAUAACCAAAAGUUACAGCAUCAGGACCGACUAGAGCAGUGGAUUAGCAAUUGCCUACAAACACUUGAGGAACUCCCCAUGGAGCUGCAGCAGGAACAGCGACUCGCCGCUGUCGACUUUCCGUUGCUAUCACUUGCAAACGAAGAGCAGCUUCACAGCCUACUCCAUCAGGUGUCAGGCCGAUUUGAUGUGUCUCCGUCUGGAAUCGAGGAUAUGUUCCCGUGCUCACCCAUUCAACUCGGCAUGUGGUUGAGUCAAUUAAGAAACCCUCAAGUAUACUGGUCGCAUAUCCGGUGGUCUCUGUCUCCAACCUCCGCUAACAGCCCAAUCAACAUAACUGAGGUCAAGCAAGCAUGGCAGCAGGUUGUUGACCGUCAACCGAUCCUGCGCACUGUCUUCGCCGAUGGCGUCGCAGGGCAUGGUCAUCCUGUCCAAGUGGUUCUGAGAGCUUGCGAAGGAAACGUCAAGGUGUUGUCGGAAUCGGAACUGCGUGCGGAGGGCCAAGUUCCAUCCGUUUCGGAUGAGUUCUUGUUGAAUGCGAAAUCGUCAAACACGAAGGGUCUCCCACCCCAUCAGCUUACUGUCGCAAUUGAGCCUCAUGGCGGAGCUUACUGCCAGCUCGCCAUCCACCACAUUCUUGUUGAUGGUAUCACGGAGCAGAGAUUGUUGUCAGAAUUCUACCAAGCAUGCAAUGGGACACUCGACGCCGAGCCUGCGGGCAGCUAUAGCAAGUACCUGGGUUAUCUGCAAACUCGGGAUCACAGGGCCUCGGAAUCCUAUUGGAAGGAAUAUCUGACUGAUGUUUACCCAUGUGUUUUCCCAUCUCUCGGCUUGAAACAGCAUGGGGCCGCCUCAAGUUCUCUGAAAUCGUUGCCAUUCUCCAUAGGUAUUGGCCAAGACCUCCGGUCAUUCUGCCAGUAUCACAGCAUCACCAUUUCCAGUCUGCUACAAGUCGCUUGGGGUAUCGUUCUCCGUGUAUACACAGGGAGCGAGUCUGUAUGCUUUGGGUAUUUGAAUGCUUGCCGCGAUAUCCCAGUAAAAGAUGCGCACGAUAUUUCUGGACCUUUAAUCAAUCUUUUGAUUUGUCGCCUAUCUUUAACUGAUGAAUCAUCGGUUCUGUCAACACUUGCCGGAAAUCAUGCGGCCUACGCCCGAAGCCUUGAUCACCAACAUUGCUCUUUGGCAGAGGUCAUGCAUUCUUUGAAUCGCUCCGGUCAACCUCUGUUCAACACCGCAAUGUCAUUACAGAAGGACGCCGGCAGUCUGAUUUCUAGUCUGAUUUCUGAACACGCUCAAAGGAUUAAGUUGCAACCAGAAGAUGGUAUUGACUCAACUGAGUAUGACUUGACCAUCAAUAUCACUGCACGCGAGAAGACCAUCGAUUGUGAUUUGACAUAUUGGACGCACGCCGUGGCCGAUGCUCAAGCUGAAUUGGUUGCCGACACCUUCCAUCAUGUCGUUCUGCAGCUUAUUGAUCCCGCAAUCCGCAAUUUGAGCGAAAUCAAUCUGUCAAUGGGGAAGAAUGAGAGUCAGAUGCUUCGUUUCAAUUACGACCUACCGCAAACUGUGCGAUCUUGUAUUCACACCGACAUACAACGAAUGACGGCGGUGCAACCAGCAUCCCCCGCAGUCGAUGCCUGGGAUGGUCAGUUUACAUACGAGACCCUCGACCUUCUAUCAUCGUUAUUGGCUAAGGAUUUGGCCGUGCGUGGUGUCGGUCCCGAGGUAUUUGUGCCAGUAUGCCGUGAAAGAUCUCGAUGGACAGUCGUCGCCAUAAUCGCCAUCAUGAAGGCAGGGGGAGCAUUCAUAUUGCUUGACCCGUCGCAUCCAGCAGAGAGGCUUCAGGAUAUGGUGCAAGUGGACUUCCAGUGUCCAGUUAUCAUCACCUCAUCGAAGUACCUCGAACUUGCAGCCACUCUAGCGCCGAACCCAAUCAUCGUAGAGGACAUCAGCCAAAAGUCGCAUGACGACAUUCGAAAAGAUAGUAUCCCAUCGGUGACUAGUCCAAAGUCAUCUGCAUAUGCUGUUUUUACAUCUGGGUCGACCGGUAGGCCAAAGGCAAGCGUCAUCGAGCACCAGUCUUUCCUGUCAGCAUCAGCAGCACAUACCCAGGUACUUGGUCUUGAUAAAAACGCCCGGGUCAUUCAAUUUGCCUCUUAUGCUUUCGACGCUAGCAUGGUGGAAAUGAUCGACACACUUUUGGUCGGUGGGUGUAUCUGCAUUCCCUCCGAUGCAGACCGAAAUCAGAGACUGAGUCAUGCAAUCAGCGAGAUGCAUGUGAACUGGGCGCUAUUAACUCCUUCUGUGGCUCGCAUCCUAAACCCGCAGCAGGUUUCUACCCUGGAAACACUCGUUCUCGGUGGAGAGGGCAUGACUAGGGACGAUGUCCGUCGCUGGUCACCGCAUGUACGCUUGAUGAAUGCCUAUGGUCCUUCAGAAUGCUCCGUCGUUGCUACGGCCCAGCCAUCUCCGCAAUACCUCUCACAAGAUGAAUCAAAUAUUGGACAUCCUACUGGUUGUGUCGCAUGGGUUGCGCGUCCAAACAAACCAGAGAAGAUCGUUCCAGUGGGUGCUAUCGGAGAACUGCUCAUCGAGGGUCCUAUUGUCGGUCGCGGUUAUGUCAAUCGCCCGGAGGCCAUGGCAGCGGCAUUCUUCCCAUAUCCCAUUUGGUUGUCGAAGAUCCGAGGUUCCCGAAACGGCGUCUUGUACCGAACAGGUGACCUUGUGAGGCGUCUUGUGGAUGGCUCUAUACAGUACAUCGGACGGAAAGACCGUCAAGUGAAGUUACGUGGACAGCGUAUCGAACUCGCUGAAGUUGAGCACCAUGUUCAGGAGUGCUUCCCUAUCAACGACCCUGAAGUCUUUGCGGACUUGGUCGCACCAGAGGAUGGCAAACAUGCGCACUUAGUAGCGUCCAUUAUUCAACCAGAAGACAGUGGUGGCGUUCAAGCCUUCGAGGCCGCCGUGGAGCAAAUGAAAUCACGUCUUCAGGCAGAUGUUCCAGCUUCACUGAUUCCCUCUGCAUUCAUUCCUGUCUAUCAGGUACCACGAUUGGUGAAUGGAAAGAUUGACCGAAAACAGCUGCGGCAGGCAGCAUCUCAAGGCCUACGAGCGCAGAUUGGUCGAGGGGCGACCAACCACCAGCUGCAACAGUUGAGAGAAAUGACAAAAGGAGAACUUGCAUUGCAAAGUUGCUGGGCUGAAGUUUUGGCUCGCCCUGCGGAGACAGUCGGACCUGACGACAACUUCUUCCGCUUGGGCGGAGACUCGAUUGCAGCAAUGAGGCUGGCUGCCACAGCUAGCGAGAAAGGCAUUCAACUAGGCGUCUCGGAUAUCUUCUUGCACCCGAAACUUAGUGACCUCGCACUCAAUUGCUCGUUCUCAGUGCCGAAGGAACGGCCAAACUGCGAACCAAAGGUAUUGGAAGGCCUCGUCCCUCCGUUUUCAAUGCUCCCAGCAAAUCACCGGGAAGAAUUGAAAUCACAAGCAAUGGAGCAAUGCAACCUCCCGAUAGAGCAAAUCGGGGACAUAUACCCCUGUACCGCAUUGCAGGGCGGUAUGGUAGCUUUGACAGCGGAGCGUCCCGGGUCAUAUAUCGCAUACCAUCGUUUCCGGCUGGGACCAGAUAUUGAUCUGUCUUUACUGAAAACUGCUUGGGAGAUGGUGGCAAAGCACAACGACAUUCUACACACCCGAUUCAUUCAGUCGGAGUUUGGCUUCAUGCAGGUCCUGGUACAGAACAGCGAGCUUCACUGGAUCUCGGGAGACACGAAGGAAGAUGAAAAAUUACAUUGGGACGUCCUCCUAGGCCAACCACUGGUCCAAUUCGAAGUCAUCCCUGUGUUGAGCGAGGAUUCCAACAUAGCUCAGCGACUUGACCUGGUUAUCACCAUUCAUCAUGCUCUGUAUGACUCCUGGUCACUACCUUUGCUUGUGCACCGUGCACAAGAGGCCUAUCAGGGCCAGAUAUUGGAGCCCUCCGACAUGACUCCAUUCAAGGAAUUCAUCAAAUAUUCCAUGUCCCAACAAAAGGAUGCGCUCGAGCACUGGCGCCGUGAAUUCCAUGAACUUACCGCCGUGCCAUUCCCCACACUUCCUUCCAUGUCAUAUCGGCCUCAGGCUUCGAAACAAACGGUACGAACAAUUGAGACCGGCCCAGUGAUGGAUCAAUGUGUUAGUCGAACGACCGCCAUUCGCUUCGCGUGGGCUCUUGUCCAGUCUCACUACCAGAGUAACGAUGAUGUGGUAUUCGGAAUUGUGUCCCCUGGGCGAGCAGCAUCCGUCGAUGGAAUUGAGGGCAUGGCUGGUCCAACAAUAGCCACACUGCCUUUGCGCGUGCAAAUCGAUGACAAUGCGACCGUCUCACACGCCCUCAGAGAUCUGCAAGAGCGGACAGUACAGCUCAUUCCUUUCGAACAAGUUGGACUGCCCGAAAUUGCUGCCAUAGGACCCGAGGCCAAGCAAGCCUGUUCGUUCCAGACCCUACUUGUGGAGGGGAGAGGAGAGGUUGAAAGCCUAGGCACCACCGAUGGUCCUAUGGAACCCAUGGGAACAUCAUCCGGGGAUGCUGCGUCAAACACUUACGCUAUCCAAAUAGCCGUUAUGUUCAAACCAAACAUGGUGACUGUUGCGGUGUCAACAGAUGAGACUGUCAUUCCAGAAUGGCAAGUGGAACACAUGCUGGACCAAUUCAGUCAUAUUUUGCAGCAGGUGCACCAUCAUCCCACAAAGUCGGUGCACGAAAUUGCUACACUAAAUGACAAAGGUAUCCAGCAGCUGCAAGCCUGGAACACUGGAGUCCCGGCACGAUGUCCGGUGUCGGUCACAGAUGUGAUUUCUCAGCACUGUGAGAGGCAACCAUUGAGUAUAGCUGUCUCGUCUUCCAACUUCAGCCUAUCAUAUAAAGAGCUGGACCUUCUUUCCACCAACCUCGCCAGUCUUUUGCGUACGCAGGGAGCGUCAUCAGAGGUCUUCGUUCCAAUAUAUUUGGAUCGGUCCUGCUGGACUGUGGUGGCGCUGUUGGCCGUGCUCAAGGCAGGGGCAGCCUUCGUCCUUCUGGACACCUCGCACCCACAAGAGCGGCUUCGGAAUAUCUGCGAAGAAGUAAAGCCUCCUUUCAUCCUUACCUCGACCGAGCAUCGUCAUGAAGCCGAGGCGCUGUUUCACAAUGUUGUGAUUAUGCCUCAGAGCAACGACCCCGAGCUUGUGUCGAUAUCACAUUACAGGAUGACCCGUUUGGGUCCAGAUCGUGCUCUCUAUGCGGUAUUCACAUCUGGUUCAACCGGUAAACCCAAGGGAGUUGUGAUUGAGGAUGGUUCCUUCAUGACAAUGACCAACGAAGUUUCUCGUCUGAUGGGUAUUGGGCCAGGUGCCCGCGUCCUGAACUUCUCCUCCUAUGCUUUCGACGUCAGUAUUUCGGAAAUACUCGGUUCAUUGCUUGCUGGUGCUUGCAUCUGCGUUCUGACGGAGUCUGAGCGCAGAGGCCGACUAAUUGAGGCAUUGCAAGAGCUACGACCAUCGCAUGCAUAUUUCACCCCCGGUGUGUUGCGCGCGAUGGUCUCAAAGGAUCUGGGGUCACUCCGGACGAUCAUGCUCGGUGGAGAGCCCCUUCGGUCAAGCGACAUUAAGCAGUGGGAGCCACAUGUACGUCUGGUAUCCGGUUACGGUCCGGCAGAAUGCGCGGUCACGUUUACUGCGCAGUCCCCAAUAGACAUUAGCUCGCAAGGCGGGAAUAUCGGAUUCCCGAUUGCAGGUGCCUGCUGGGUGACCGAUCCACGAAAUCCUGACCGAAUGGUUCCUAUUGGUGCUGUGGGCGAACUUCUCCUUCAAGGGCCUCAGGUUGGUCGCGGAUAUUUGAACAGUGCGGAACAAACAGCCACAAACUUCAUCUCAUCUCCAACAUGGAUGCGACGUGUUGGCCUCGCCGGUACUAGGAAGGAGGGCCGGGUUUAUCGAACAGGCGACCUUGUUCGUUAUGAGAACGAUGGCUCUCUCUCGUUUAUAGGGCGAAAGGACCUCCAGGUCAAGUUACGAGGUCAACGUUUUGAGCUUGCAGAAGUUGAGAAGCGACUGCAGGAGGUCUGGCCCGAAGAGCUAACGGACAUCGUGGCUGAAAUUGUCACUCCGAUGGCUUCGAUGAAUUCCAAAUGCUUGGUUGUCUUUGUCGCUUCGAAGGCAGCUGAUACAGCUCCACUGCUAUCCGGCUCACCGGUCCCUUCCCUGGAAAUUGUUGCCACGGCCAACUUUACGGCCCAAAUAUCAAGUGUCAGGCGCCAACUCGGUGAUAUCCUCCCAGAGUAUAUGGUGCCAUCUGCAUUCGUCCCACUUCGACGGAUACCUCACAAUGCUAGUGGCAAAGUAGACCGAAAGCAGUUGAGAGACUCCGCGGCGAGCGCAACGCGGGUGCAGCUGGAGUCAUUGUUUGCUGAAGCGCCUUCAGAUAAGCGUGUACCCGCCACGGGAACGGAGCGGGAAUUGCAGCACAUCUGGGCCAAAGUACUGGAUAUUGCAGCCGACGAGAUUGGUGCCGAUGACAGCUUCUUCCGAUUGGGAGGUGAUUCUAUCUCGGCUCUCAAAGCCGCAUCGAAGGCUCGGGCAGCUGGGAUUAUGCAUUCAGUGGAAAGUUUGUUCCAGUGGAAAACAAUAAUGCGCGUUGCCAAACAUGCUAGCAUCGUGACUUCAGAUGUCAUAGAUGGGAUACAGAGCGCAGGUUCUUCCUCGCGGCACCAUAUACCCUACUCCCUGAUUGCGGACCACGAGCGUGCAGAACUUUUUGCUUCACAUUCCGCACGGAAACAUCCGUUGGUCAAAGAGAAUGUGGAAGAUAUCAUCCCGGCGCUCCCAUUCCAAGUCUUUUACAUAACCCAUGCAUCGCCAGUUUCGAUGGCACAAAUAUUCCCAGCAGUCCUGGACAUCGAUAAACUAAAAAGCACGUGCAGGCAGGUUAUGGCUCACCACAGCAUCUUACGCACGGUAUUUGUGGAGGCCAAUGGCCGGUUCUUCCAGGUGAUCAUCCGGGAAGCAGACCCUGUUCUGAAUGUUGUUCAUUGUGAUGAUCCAGAGGCAUAUAUUGCUCGAGAGUCCGAGCAGAAGGUUCCACCCUCUACAGUGCAGGGCACAAUGCCAGUCAGCUUCACUCUCGUGACUAGUCGCGUCAAACAGUGCUCUGCAUUGAUUCUUCGCAUAUCUCAUGCGCAGUAUGACGGGGCCUCCAUGCCAUUGCUGUGGGAGACAAUCAAGAAAGCCUAUCAUGAUGAGCCGCUCCCACAUGCUGCGCAAUUCCAGGAUGUGGCCUAUAAGCGAAUGGGCGAUCUGAACAAAGCCGAGAUUUCAUUCUGGCGAAGAUACCUUCAAGGUGUUGGCUCCGAUGCCCUCGACCCCCUUCGUCAAACUGGAAAGGCACGCAUUUCGGACAAUGACAUAGUCGAAAAGCGCCAGAUGGGAAUGCCCUCUCUUCCACCAGAUAUGACCGUGUCAACGCUUGUGAAAGCAGCUUUCUCGUGGGUCCUGUUUGAGAAAACUGCACAAUCCGAUGUUAUAUUAGGUCAGGUUGUUCAUGGACGUGGAAGUUCCCUGUUGGACGUGAACACGGCCAUUGGGCCCUGCUUGAAUCAUCUGCCCGUUCGAAUCAGGAUUGAACCUGACUGGACGGUGGAGGAUUUCCUGCAUCAUGUUCAGGUGCAGCAGCUAGAAAUCACAGCCCAUGAUGAGGGAUCAUUUGACGCGAUCGCAGAAUCUUGCACGGAGUGGCAAUCUGGGUCGAAAAUGGGCUGUCUUGUUCACCACCAGAGUGAAGAAGCCACGGAGCCCUUCGAACUGGAUGGUGUUCGUUCGUCGUCUGGUUGCGAUUGGGCCAGCUCCAAGUUGGCGCAUGGUCAGCUUAGCAUUAUUUCCGUGGAACACGGAACCCAGCUUGAGCUUAUGGUCUCAGCUACUGAGGAGACUAUGGAUCAACGUGGCAUUGAGCUCCUGUUGGAGAAGUUGGUUGCCACCAUUGAGUUGUUCUCGAAGUUUACGCAGAGCCAAUUGGCAAUGCUGGGUAGCAGGAUCCACACAUGA